AUGGGCAGCCGGCCGGUUCUAGGUGAUAGCGGAGCAUCGGUCGACCCGACCGAGCACCGGGGGUCUCAGGAGGACCUGGCCCAAAGCACCACAGCGGCGAGGAAGAAGCUUGCCGAGGCCAAGUACAAGGAGCGGGGCACCGUCCUGGCCGAGGACCAGCUGAGCCAGAUGUCGAAGCAGCUGGACAUGUUCAAGACCAACCUGGAGGAGUUCGCCAGCAAGCACAAGCAGGAGAUCCGGAAGAGCCCCGAGUUCCGCGUGCAGUUCCAGGACAUGUGUGCGACCAUCGGGGUGGACCCCCUGGCCUCUGGAAAAGGCUUUUGGUCAGAGAUGCUGGGCGUGGGCGACUUCUACUACGAGCUGGGCGUGCAGGUGAUCGAGGUGUGCCUGGCGCUGAAGCAUCGCAAUGGAGGUCUCAUAAUGCUGGAGGAGCUACACCAGCAGGUGUUAAAGGGAAGGGGCAAGUUCGCACAGGACGUCAGCCAAGACGACCUGCUCAGAGCCAUCAAGAAGCUCAAGGUGCUGGGCUCCGGCUUCGGCAUCAUCCCGGUGGGCGGCACCUACCUCAUCCAGUCCGUGCCGGCGGAGCUCAACAUGGACCACACUGUGGUGCUGCAGCUGGCCGAGAAAAACGGGUACGUGACGGUCAGCGAGAUCCGGGCCAGCUGUGCCCGUCCCCAGGAGCACCUGCUCAAGGAGGGCCUGGCCUGGCUGGACCUGCAGGCCGCGGGCGAGGCGCGCUACUGGCUGCCUGCGCUCUUCGCUGACCUCUACUCGCAGGAGAUCACGGCCGAGGAGGUCCGCGAGGCGCUGCCCUGAUCCCGCAGGGCCACGGUGCACGGUGGCACGGACCUGGACAAUCUUGUUUCUGGGAAAUAAAGGGCCAAGUUUUUUGUGCUCCCAUUUUUAUUUUUUAAAAGUGCCUUCCAGGUGGCGGCAUGGUGGGGAAAACCUGAAGGCAGAGGGACGGAGGGCAGCUGUCCCUGCCCCAGGGCCUGGCCUGGGGCUGUCAGGGGUCCUGCAGCGGGGCCCAGGGCAGGAGGGAGCGUGGCUGCUGCUCCCGGACCCCUCCUCACUUGUCGCUCCUCCCCCAGUGGCUCAGCAGGUGUCUGUCUCGCCUUGGCCUCCAGUGAGGAACCCCCCGGGCGGCGGACAGGGCGCCCCCAAUCCAGCUGGGUGGGGUGCAACAGGCAGCCCCCCUCCCGCACCCACAGGCGCUUCCUCCUUCUGCCAAAACAAACUUUAUUGCACCAAAAAGAAAAAAAAACUUCGUUUAUAUAC